UGGAAGGGAGCCAGCAUCUUGGGAAGGAAAUCUCACCUCGCGACGCUUGUAUAUAAGACGGGCAGAGGUAGACGAUCAGUAUCACACACCGCUGUUCCUCUAAACAUGAAGCUUACUGUCGUUGUAGUUGUGCUGGUGUCGGUGGCGGCCGUUCUCGCCAGCCCGGAUAAAGGAAAGCAAGAAGCUCGUCACUUGAGCAGUAGCUUCGGUUAUUCUGGAGGAUUUGGUCAACUGGGGCAAGGAUUACACCAUGGCCAAGGUUCCCUCGGGUCAGGGGCAUAUGGAUCGUACGGCCACGGGUACGGCUAUGGCCAAGGCUAUGCAGGACAGGGAUUGUAUGGCCAAAGUUAUGUAGGACAGGGAUCCUAUGGCCAAGGUCACACGGGGCAAGGACUGUAUGGUAAUGGGUUCCCUGGAUUCGGAUCGUAUAGCCACACUUACGCAGGGUUCGGGAAGCCAGGAUAUGGUACUGGCAACACAGGAUAUGGCGUCUCCAGUAUUGGCAAUACAGGAUAUGGCGUCUCCAGUAUUGGCAACACAGGAUAUGGCGUCUCCAGUAUUGGCAACACAGGUUAUGGAGCCUCCAGUCACCUUGGCAACACAGGAUAUGGCGUCUCCAGUCACCUUGGCCUGACCAGCAGUGGGGCUGGACAUGGAAUAUACCAGAAUCUUUACGGAUCAGGCCUCAACUUUGGCUCCAGCUAUGGCUCCAGCUUCUCUCACGGCUCCAGGCCUCAUGGAAGCAGCUAUUACGGGAGUAACAGCUACAAACCUCACGGCUCAACCAGUAAUUACUACGGUCGCUGAGUGUUGUAGUGGCCGUUAUCCUCUAUGAACUUCAAUCUCAUCAUCGACAAUAAUUCAUCGUAUACGGAAAAUGUUAGAUAUAUAUAUACAUUCACCUAUUUAUUAAAUAUUUAAGUAAGAAAAA